AUGGGAAAGUCAACAAAGGAACAAAAGCAGGAAGUGAACUUCACACCUCCAUUGCCAUAUCCUCAAAGGUUCAGCAAAGAGACUAAGGACCAACACUUCCCAAAAUUUCUUGAAGUCUUCAAGAAGUUGGAGAUCAAUAUCCCCUUAGCCGAAGCACUUGAGCAGAUGCCCCUGUAUGCUAAGUUCUUGAAAGAACUCAUCAACAAGAAGAGGAGUUGGCAGGAAAAGGAGACUAUACUUCUCACUGAAGAAUGUAGUGCUGUGAUUCAAGGAUGUAUUCCACCAAAGCUCACAGAUCCAGGGAGCUUUAUAGUUUCAUGCACCAUAGGCAAAAUAACCUUAGAUAAAGCUCUCUGUGACCUUGGUGCUAGCAUUAAUCUAAUGCCGUUAUCAAUGAUAAAAAAACUUGCCAUAGAAGAACUCAAACCCACCAGGAUGUCUCUGGUGAUGGCUGACAGAUCAAUCAAGACACCUAAUGGCAUUGUGGAAAACUUGUUAGUCAAGGUUGGGGAGUUUAUCUUCCCUGCAGACUUUGUAAUUCUGGAUACAGAGGAGGAAGGAAAUAAUUCAAUCAUCUUGGGAAGACCAUUUUUAGCCACUGCCAGAGCUAUUAUUGAUGUAGAGAAAGGGGAGAUGAUUUUCAGGGUGCAUAAUGAACAAAUGGUCAUCAAUGUUUUCAAAUCAAUGCAACACCCCCCAGAACAAGAAAACUACAUGAAGGUGGAUAGGAUAGAAAGUCUGGUGGAGGAAAUGUUAGAAGCCACUUGUCAUGAGCAACAAGAAGAAAUAGUGGCAGAAAUCUCCAGUGAAGACAAGGAGAGAGAAAAGCCAAAACAGGAGUUGAAGCCUCUGCCCCAUCACCUCAAAUACGUGUUCCUAUGA